AUGGAUACCCUUCAGAACUCAGUGAUUACCCCUCUUCAGCCUUAUUUGGCGCCUAUUGUCUCAGCCAUCCCCGAGCCAGUGCACGAUGCCGUUGUGUCCUUGAUUGGGAAAUCUUGUCACGGCGCACUGUUGGUCGACCUAGAUGUCACCAAGGACCCUGCCUGCACCUCACUUGCCAUCUCCAAGGCCCUCGGCAUCGCCAUCGUCGGUGCCAGUGCUGUCGUCAAGAUCCCACAGAUUCUGAAGCUGAUCAACUCCCGCUCAUCGGCCGGUGUCUCAUUCGUCUCUUACGCCCUUGAAACCGCCAGCUUGCUCAUCACUCUCUCGUACGGCGUGCGCAACCAGUUCCCAUUCAGCACCUAUGGCGAGACCGCUCUCAUCGCUGUCCAGGAUAUCGCUAUCGGUGUUCUGGUCCUGAACUAUGCCGGACGCUCCGCCGCCGCCGCGGCUUUCAUUGCUGUCGUAGCUGCCAGCGUUUAUGUGCUGUUGUUCGACCAGACUAUUGUGGAUGCGCAGACUAUGGCCUACCUGCAGGCUGGUGCGGGUGCUUUGGGUGUUGCUAGCAAGGCGCCUCAAAUCUAUACCAUCUGGCGCGAGGGAGGGACCGGACAGCUUAGCGCAUUCACGGUGUUCAACUACCUCAUCGGAUCCCUGUCCCGAAUCUUCACGACACUCCAGGAAGUCGACGACAAGUUCAUCCUCUACGGAUUCGUUGGCGGCUUCACUCUUAAUGUGAUCCUCGCACUCCAGAUGCUCUGGUACUGGAACGCUCCGGCGCCCAAGCAGAAGGCCGCUCCUCGUGCAAAGGCAGUUGAGAAGGCGCCGUCAGCCCAGAGCACGGGAGCAUCCCCCAGGCCUGGCGUGAAGACACCCACCACCCGCCGACGGGGUUAG